CGACGCGGGAAGUUGAAACAUUCAUUCGCAGGUUUUUCAUACUUUAAAACGCUGCUAAACCUUUUUAAAAACGUGCAUAUAGCGAGAUAUAAAACCGUCGGACGUCUCGGCUGUUGAGAAAAGCUGGAGCUGAAUCAACUGAACCUCUAAAACUGCAAGAAAUCUGCCGACUUGUGUAUCAGGAUGACUGAAGUUCUGCGAAAGCUAAUGCGACGUAGCCAGCUGAACUAGCGAAGUGUGCAGAAUGUGACCGUCAGAGGAAAAGCUGCUACCAUCUGCUCUCUAUGUGAAACGUUAUCACUGAAAAGUGUUCACGAUAGCCGGACGGAUCGAGCUGUUAAAGUUACAAAUCCAACAGCUGCACAAUGGAGCAUCACAGUGACAGACAAGAGGACAGAAAGAAGCACCAGGCGUCCAACAUGUGUUUUGGACAGUACCAGUACACUGCAGAGGAGUACCAGGCGAUUCAGACAGCUCUUCGACAGAGACUUGGACCAGAGUACAUUAGCACUAGACAGGCCGGAGGAGGGCAAAAGGUGUGUUACAUUGAAGGUCACAAAGUGAUCAGUUUGGCCAAUGAAAUGUUUGGGUACAAUGGCUGGUCUCACUCAAUUUCACAACAAAGUGUUGACUUUGUGGACCUGAUUAAUGGGAAAUUUUAUGUUGGGGUCAGUGCAUUUGUGAAAGUUCAACUAAAGGACGGCUCAUACCAUGAAGAUGUGGGUUAUGGGGUAAGCGAGGGCUUGAAGUCUAAGGCUCUGUCGCUGGAGAAGGCAAGAAAAGAGGCUGUGACGGAUGGACUGAAAAGAGCACUGAAGUGCUUUGGAAACGCUCUGGGAAACUGCAUCCUCAACAAGGAGUACCUUAUAGCCAUCAACAAGAUUCCCAAGCAGCCCCCCACCCCUUUAGACCCAGACAUGACGAAGCGUUGUGAUGUUGAGCCUUCUGUGGAGAAGGCCAGGUAUGACAGCCUGGCCCGCAUUAACAGCAGGGGUUGCAAUAAUCCAGUAGAACCAGCACCACAAAAUGCACCCGCAGUACAGACUGUUUUCCAACCUGAGCCAGCAGGGCAGCAGAAAGCAAUUGAGUCCAGGACCUCACUGACAAACCUAACAGCACAUUCUGGCAACACAUCAACUCAGCAGGAUUGUGAAAACAGAUCCGGCAACAUGUCCAGGUCAGCGGCUGACAUGGCCGACCUGUCCUCCUGUAACCCCGUGUUGGACUCAAAGCAGCAGAGGAAGCUGAGGCAGCAGCAGCUGCAGCAGAAGUUCAGGCAAGAGAUGGAGGCCAAGAAAAAUCAGCAGGGCCAGCCACAGCUGAAAAAAGAACACUCUGAGCCUGAGAUUCAUCCUAAACCAGGCCAGGCUGCAGGUCCCAUUAACCACAGUACACCUAAUGGACAUACAGUGAUAACCAAGAAGGAGGAAUAUCUGGCUGACAACCCAGAGAUGUGGGACUUUACUCUGGAUGGCAUUGAUAUGCUUGAUGAUCCAGCAAGAGAAUCACCAGCGGCUUCUCGGCCUGCCACUCCUAACGAGCACACGAUGGUGACACGCAGUAAGACUCCUCAGAGAGUGGCUUCGCUGAGGCCUCCGGUCCGGCCUCAGGUCCCACUGGUCCAUCAGGGCCAAGAAAGGCACACACAAUACCACCCACCAGCACCAAUUACAGGGGCUAGAGGGGCAGAUCAGAGUCCAUACAGACAAGGACAGUACAUGAAGAAGAGGAAACUGGACACUUGAAGAUAUUGCAAAAUUGAAUUUUUUAC